CUGGGCGCACGCCGCUACCCCCCCCGCUGUACAGCCAGGGAUGUUGAGGCGACAAGCUAAGUUCAGGGAUCAGGGCUGUUACCCAAAACGAUGGAAUUGGUGAUUUUAUGCCAAUUAAUUACUAUCUUAUUUUUCUUGCUGGUGGGCGUGCGUGCCUUCCUCUGCCCGUGCCUUUUCUUGACCAGGCCAGGCUAGGUAUCCCCCCUGCCCCUUCUCAAUUCCCACACACACCCCGGACUAAAAGAGCUAACAGGGAUCAUCCAAAGCACAUGGGAGGACAUGGAUCUUCAAAAUUGCGCUGGGGAGGGGUCCAGGGUGUUAGGUUGUUCGUGAGGACCCUGUUUCUCCGCUCCGAAAAGCAAAAGUAACUUCCGUGGGCGACAGCCCAGAGAGAGCAGCAACCUCUCGCAGCCACACCCCGCUCCCACCACCCCCUAACAACCAUACACUCGCAUUGCUGUAAGGUACUGUACCCCAUCGAUUCACCAGCCGGGGGUACGUGAUUGUGGUAUUCGUAGGACUCAAUUAACCCUCGAAUCUGCCCUUUUCUUCAGUCUUAGAUUAUGGGGCACGGGGUG